GUGGCAUUGAAGGACGACGGCGCAGGCUGAGUCAACAUGAAACAUGUACAUAAAAAGCAACUACCCCUUUGCAGUUUUGACACCACGCUCUUUCUUAGUUUGACGAAGGCGUGAUGAGCCUUUCCAAAUUACUGCGGUUACCUCCAUUAGCAAGCCAAGGCGAAUCGCAUUCAUUGUUGACGGUGACGGAACUCGAUCUAACUGCCACUCAACAUGCCUUUGAACAGGGCAAACAAGCUUAUGCUGCUCAAAACUACGACCAGGCAGUCGAAUUGUACACGCGUGCGCUCAAGUCAUUGCAAACGGAUCUCGAGUCAGUCAUCUUGCUCCAUCGCGCCACUGCCUGGGAGAAGCAAAACAACUACCAACGCACUGUCGAGGACGCUGAGCUUGCCAACCCUAACGAAAGUUUGACACGACCGGAUCCAUAUUUCGUCCGCGCCAACGCCCUGUUUUUCCAGACAAAACUUAUUGAGGCGACGAGGGCGUACGAAAAAGGUUUAGAGAUGGUGCUUGACAAGUACUCCAGCGAGCGAGCCAUACUUACUGACAAGUUUCAACAGCUGACGGCACUCAUACCACAGCGAAACCAAUGGAUGAUCCAGCUGUUGCCAUUUGAGGUGCUAUCUCGCAUAUUUAUGUACAUGGAUAUAAGCGGUCGCGUCCGUUUCGCAUUGACGUGUAGAUUCUGGCAUAAUCUCAAUCUACAUCAACGGCCAGCUUUGUGCCAUACCCUCAAUAUCAAGGAAAUAGCGAAGGCCAGCCCAUUUCUGGCCGCCAUCCCUCCUAAUGUACCCAAGAGAAUCAACUCGGAGCUGACGGGCUUUGGCUCAAGUAGAGCUAUAAAAACAGUCUAUGAACAAGGAUGGAAUGCGCUCGAAUCGAUUGAAAUCGAAGAAGGUAUCCCUAAGUUAUUGGAGGUGCUGGAGCGCAAUAAGAACACUUUAAGAAGCAUCAAGCUACACUGCUGGUUGAACGAAAGAAGGGACACCGACUCGCUAGUGGAUGUCAUAAACGCUUGUCCCAACUUACAGUUUGCGUCGCUAUCGUUUGAUCGGCCCUCCGACCGAAGAUCGGGGCCUUUUCCGCAUGUCCUCGCUGAUAGUGUUCUUUCAAAUCUACACCUUACUGCUCUUUCGAUAUCAGAGUGGACUUGCAGCGAUAAAUCCCUUGAUUCACUGCUGAAACAGGCUCCUCACCUGAUGUCCUUAAAGCUACGCAAUCGCUGUGGUCAUGUCGAUAUUAGAAAAAUAUUACAAGCAGUUAACGAGAUAUGUCCAUCGCUUCAAGAGUUCAGUUACACCAACGAGCCUGCCGUCCAUGAAGAUCAACACAAAACCACUGUAAUUUACACCCAUCAACAGUCAUCUUCGAGAUCUUAUUUCCGACUACAAGAAACACAACAAACCCGUGGUAUCAAGAAGAUUACGAUAAAGAAUUCAGUAGUUCAUCCACCGCACAAACCUCUUUAUUAUGAUGACGAAGAACUCCGCUUAAUGUUUAUAGAUUGUUACCAAUCGUUGGAGGUACUCGAAUUGGAUCAUGUUAUACCACAAGACGCUGAACAGAAUUGGCAACCAGGAAGACUUGGACGGCCUGGUGGUGCCUAUCAACUGCAACAUGAUGUUGAGUAUUGGUCAUUGCGGGAACUUGGACGACUCGGAGCUCCUCAAUUACAAACGCUUGUCCUCAACUUUGAAAAAGGCGUGUUGAUGAACUCGGAAACAAUCUCCAGCCUUAUAGCCGCUUGUCCUUCCCUGCAGGUCGUGAGAAUCGAGGGCACUGGAUUCUGGCAUCGUCGAAUAUUUAAUGUGCUCGCGGAUACAGUUUAUCUGCGGAAACUGUCUAUCGUUGAUACGCAUUACCACCAAGUUUCGGAUCACUUACAGCAGAUCGAGGAAUUAAGCAUCGGAGGAAAGGGAGGAGAAGUAGAGGAGGACGGAUUUCUUCGAUCCGGACUUUGGCUAUUGCCGGUUUUCCAAAAAGCACAUCGCCUGGUUGGCUGUACAUUCGGCGUUUUUGGCGAUCACUCUGCAACUGCUCUUGUAUCCCAGCUCGCGCCGUAUAUCGCACGCUCAAGUAUUCGAAGCCUAGACUUACUGACGACUCCAAUCCGGACCACCGCCGAGCUAGAAACCAUCCUGAGCUCCUUGUCAAGCAGUGACGCGCUUCGUAGCAUGUACAUGUCGCUGAGUUGCUACGUCACAGAGACAGACAUUGCGACCUUUGCUGCAAUUCGAAAUUUGGCGUUUCUACGUAUUCGAAACUUUACCAGUGAGGUGAUCAAUAGAGAUAUGCUUUAUACCUUGUUUCAACACUUGCAGAAACGUGACCAUUUUGCCCUGGUUCACGUCAGCAAUCAUUGUCCUCCGAGCAAAGAUUAUCCCGUUAUUGUAAAGUGCCACACACAUGGAACAGCAGCAUCAGUGGUGGACCGUGGUGACGACGUACGUGGACAUAAGUUUAAAGUUGAAGAAUGCUAUGUUUACCAACAUCAAAGAUGGAUCGGGAAGUGAUGACAAUUUAUGUGUACUAUUUCUAUUAAAACAAUGGAUACUUUUCUAUGCAUUGAAGUGAAACAAAGAGCUUGUUUAGAGUGACAUUUCGUUGGGAAACAGCCACUACAACAUGGAAGAUGUGAUGAAGAUCACAAUUACUGUG